AUGUCCGGCUCUUAUGACGUUUUACCCCCACGUACGACGGACAGGAAGAACAAAAUCACCGAAAAGAAGAAUCAAAAAAUCGAGGGGAGCAAGCGAACCCGUCGCGCUAAUGUUAACAACAGACUUCGCCAGCGGUUGGAGAGAGAAUUGUUCGCCCGCAACAUCCGUACACACAGACAAAACCCAACUCAUCGAGGCGCACUUGCAGGGUCUGGUAUUGGCCAACUUAAGGAAAAAAUCCGUCGCGUUGAACGUCUUGAGAGAAUUGCGAGACUUCAAGACAUGGACAGAGCUCAAGAGGAAAGACGCCGUCGUAGAGAAAUUCAAAUGAAGAACGAGAGACGAGUCGAGAGGGAGUACCGAGAACUCAUGGCUCUUCGACAACUCAGAAGUUAUGAAGACAGAUUCCAGGGAAGAAGACUCCCCAGGUCAUUUUCUGGUAGACUUAAUCACAGAAGAAGAUUUAACGACUACUUCUAA